GACAAACCCCAUGCCCUAUGCUUCCCCCGACACUAACGUGGCGCUCCUUUACCCUUCCACAUUUUAUGAGUCAUUCAUCUAUACAGGUCAUAGCAAACUCCUUGACAAACACCAGCCCUAUGCUUCCUCCGACACUAACGUGGCGCUCCUUUACCCUUCCACAUUUUAUCAAUCUAGCAAAAGCUUUCUGUAUUCAAUAUAAACCUAUAAACAAGUUCAGUAAACCUCACAACUUCUACACUAUAGCUCACUGUAACAUUAAUCCACAUACAGGUUGCUUACCGAUCGAUUCAACAGUACCCACUAAAAGAAAUUAUCCACUCCCAAUUGGGUUCUCUCUAUUUUCUUCUACCACCAACUUCUCUACCAUGGGUGGCAGUUCAUCAGAAGGGCAUGCUAAUGUCCAUGAUUUUACGGUCAAGGACAUCAGGGGCAAUGAUGUGGAUCUCAGUAUUUACAAGGGCAAAGCUCUACUUAUUGUCAAUGUUGCUUCUGAAUGUGGAUUAACUACCUCUAACUACAAGGAGAUGAAUGAAUUGUAUGCAAAGUACAAGGAUCAAGGCUUGGAAAUAUUAGCCUUCCCAUGCAAUCAGUUUGCAGGAGAGGAACCAGGUGACAAUGAGCAGAUUGCAGAAGUGGCAUGUACUCGUUUUAAAGCAGAAUUUCCAGUAUUUGAGAAAGUUGAGGUCAAUGGUGAUAAUGCAGCUCCUAUUUAUAAGUUCUUGAAAUCAAGUAAAGGUGGCUUUUUGGGUGAGAAGAUUAAGUGGAACUUCACCAAGUUUCUGGUGGACAAAGAUGGAAAUGUGGUUGAUCGAUAUGCUCCAACCACAUCUCCCCUGAACAUUGAAAAACAUAUCAAGAAGCUCCUAGGAACUGCGUGAUUCUUCAGAAUAAAAAACAGUACCGCACUUCUACAGUGCCCACAUAGUGCUAAGGAAUAAGAUGCAGAAAUCCAUUAAGAUGUUGUUUAUUUACAGAACAGGACUAAGUUGUAAUUGCUUAAAAUUCCACUUUUUGUUGUGGUGCUAUGAAUCUCGUUUCUUUCACAUGUUUGAACUACACCAUAAAUAAGUAUUGUAUUCCAAAUCCCAUCAUAUAUUUUCUCAGCAUAAGAGUAAUUUAAUUUCUUAAGGAUCA